CGUAAUCCCUUCUCUUUUAUCUCUCUCUUUCUCAUUUCUUUCUUUCUGUCUUUCUGUCUUUCUGCUUCUUUCCUUCAUUUGACUCGUUUAUAACUAUACAGAAAUGGCGGCUAGUUCUUGCUUAACUUCCUACUAUCCUACCUGGGAAACCACUCACGACAACUUCCUUAACUUCACCCAAAUCUUCGACGACCAUCCGCCGCCGCAGCCAGUGGAUAGUCAUCACCUUCUUGAACCUCCGGCGGGUGAGCUUCUUUUUGGCGGCUUCAACAACCAUCAUCUUGUUCUUCCCGAACCCACUCCGGUGGACCCUCAUUUCAACUCCGACUACCCCGUCUUCUCCGGCGACUGCUUUUCCUUGCCGCCUGACUUCUCCUUCCAGCAAGACCUCGAAUUUCGGCAGCCCCUACCCAAGCGCCAGAAGCUCUUCCACAGUGAGGAAGAAGACAUUACCCAGAGCUGUUUCGGCGUCUUCAUUCCGAACCCUCCUCGCCUGCACGAGUUCAAGCCUCCGCCUCCGUUGCCGGAGCUCCCGCGUGCUUCGCUUACAGCUUACAGCUCGGAUGCGGAGAGUUGGAUGGCGGGGAAGAAAAGCGACGGCGGAAAGACGCUGUCGCCGCAGAGCAUUGCCGCUCGGGAGAGGCGGAGGAGGAUCACGGAGAAGACGCAGGAACUGGCAAAGCUGAUUCCGGGCGGCCAGAAAAUGAACACCGCCGAGAUGUUUCAGGCGGCCUAUAACUACAUCAAGUUCAUGCAAACCCAAGUUUCUGUACUUCAGUCUUGCCUCUCCCCAUCUCAGGAAAAUGAGGAGACAUUAAUGAAUGAAGAAUUAGAGACACUUGUCGGGUCUUCGUUGAUUCAAGAGAAAUUGUAUUCAAAGGAUAAGUGUUUGGUUCCAGAAAAGUUCAUCCAAACACUUCCAAAUUCUCAGGAUCAAUUGGUGAGCUCAAUCAACCCACCAACAAAAUAGGAAUCUAAUUUUACGCAAUUUUUUGUCUUCUUGUUUCCAUUGAUAAGUUGUAGUCGAUCUGCUAACUAUUUUUUGUGAGCAAACUAGUUAGUCUUUUUGCUUCUUUUUGUUAAUUAGUCUUAUAAUUUUGUACCUAUUAGGAAUACUUUUCUUGUAAAUAUCUGUUUUACAAGGGAAGUUAGAGUGCUGUUUCACUUGGUUAAUUAAUAUUAUUAAUUCAUCA